UAUAUAAUUAAUGUUUUACUGAAAAAGGGGUAUCGUCUCCAAUCUCCACGACUCUGGCUCGCCAACCAGAACAUCAUCGUCUCUCUAACAGAUAACUGUCCACAGCUUUUACAAGCAACCACCUACAAGAUUCUCCUCUCAGAACAAGUUGUUAAGCAGAGGUUCAUAGCAGCCAAGCACAUAUCUCAGUUCAGUGAAGAAGUGCGUUCUCCAUUUGUGAAGAAGAUGGCGAAUCUGUUGGCCCUCGUCGUCUUGGGAGUCACAAUCCUCACAGGUUCUCUGGGUAUUAUGAUGGUUGAUGGGUUAGGUGUGAACUGGGGAACAAUGGCAACACACAAGCUGCCACCAAAGACAGUGGUUAAGAUGCUACAGGACAAUAACAUCAACAAGGUUAAGCUUUUCGACGCGGACGAGACCACCAUGGGAGCACUCGCUGGCUCGGGUCUCGAAGUGAUGGUCGCUAUUCCCAAUGAUCAGCUUAAGGUCAUGGGAAGCUACGACCGAGCCAAGGACUGGGUUCGCAAGAAUGUCACUCGUUACAACUUCAGUGGCGGUGUCAAUAUCACGUUUGUCGCUGUUGGGAAUGAGCCAUUCCUCAAAUCAUACAACGGAUCAUUCAUAAACCUCACCUUCCCUGCACUUCAAAACAUCCAAAACGCAUUAAACGAAGCCGGGCUAGGAAACGCCGUCAAAGCAACGGUCCCUUUAAACGCCGACGUCUACGACUCGCCAGCGAGCAACCCCGUGCCAUCCGCAGGAAGGUUCCGUCCCGACAUCAUCGCUCAGAUGACUCAGAUCGUCGACUUUCUUGGCAAGAACAACGCUCCCAUCACAAUCAACAUCUACCCUUUCCUGAGUCUCUACGGCAACGACGACUUCCCACUUAACUACGCCUUCUUCGACGGAGCUCAGCCUGUAGAUGACAACGGCGUCGCUUACACGAACGUUUUCGACGCGAAUUUCGAUACCUUGGUGUCGUCUUUGAAAGCUGUUGGCCAUGGAGAUAUGCCUAUUAUCGUCGGAGAAGUCGGCUGGCCAACAGAGGGUGACAAACACGCAAACACCGGUGAUGCUUACAGAUUCUACAACGGGCUUUUACCGAGGCUUGGAACAAACAAAGGCACACCAUUGAGACCUACCUACAUUGAGGUAUACUUGUUCGGUUUACUCGACGAGGAUGCCAAAAGUAUAGCACCUGGAGACUUUGAGCGCCAUUGGGGACUAUUCAAAUUCGACGGGCAACCAAAGUUUCCUAUUGAUCUCUCGGGCCAAGGACAGAACAAGAUGUUGGUCGGUGCGCAGAACGUGACGUAUCUACCAAACAAGUGGUGUAGUUUCAACCCUGAAGCCAAAGACCUGACGAAACUCGCCAAAAACAUAGAUUUCGCCUGCACUUACUCGGACUGCACGGCUCUUGGCUACGGAUCUUCUUGCAAUGGUCUUGAUGCGAACGGGAACGCUUCGUAUGCGUUUAACAUGUACUUUCAGGUGAAGAACCAGGACGAGGAGGCUUGUAUCUUCCAAGGUUUGGCCACCAUUACUACGCAGAAUAUAUCUCAGGGACAAUGCAAUUUCCCUGUUCAGAUUGUUGAUUCUUCGUCUUCUUCCUCUUCCUCGUCUUCCUCUUCUUCUUUGGUGUUGUUCAUUGCCGCGAGAGUAAUCAAUAAAGAAAGACAAAAAAGAAGAAGAAGAGAGAGAAAAAUGGAGAGCGACGAAGCAGCAGCAGCGUCUCCUCAAGGGACAACACCGAGCGGAGGAACCGUGACUCCGGCGCCGAAGAAGAGAGGCCGGAAACCUAAGAGCAAGGACGAUUCUCAGACGCCGGCGUCGCAGCAGCUGACCGGAAGCAGCGGUGGGAAAAUGAAGGAAAGCGGGAAGAAAACGCAGCAGCCGAGUGUCGACGAGAAGUACUCUCAGUGGAAAGGUCUCGUCCCCAUUCUCUACGACUGGCUCGCCAACCACAACCUCGUCUGGCCUUCACUCUCUUGCAGAUGGGGUCCUCAACUCGAACAAGCAACCUACAAGAAUCGCCAGCGUCUUUACCUCUCAGAGCAAACUGAUGGCAGUGUGCCCAAUACUCUGGUCAUAGCGAAUUGCGAAGUUGUUAAGCCAAGGGUUGCUGCGGCAGAGCACAUAUCUCAGUUCAAUGAAGAAGCACGUUCUCCAUUUGUGAAGAAGUACAAGACCAUCAUUCACCCUGGAGAGGUUAACAGAAUCAGGGAACUCCCACAGAACAGUAAGAUUGUUGCUACUCACACCGACAGUCCUGAUGUUCUCAUUUGGGAUGUUGAAACUCAACCAAACCGUCAUGCUGUGCUUGGAGCUGCCAAUUCCCGUCCGGAUCUGAUACUAACUGGACACCAAGAUAAUGCUGAAUUUGCUCUUGCAAUGUGCCCAACCGAACCCUUUGUCCUCUCUGGAGGCAAGGACAAGUCAGUUGUUCUGUGGAGUAUCCAAGACCACAUCACAACAGUUGGUGCAGAUUCCAAAUCAUCUGGAUCUAUCAUCAAACAGACUGGUGAAGGUGGUGAUAAGACCGAGAGUCCCACUGUUGGCCCGCGAGGUGUGUAUCAUGGCCAUGACGAUACGGUUGAAGAUGUGGCAUUCAGCCCAACUAGUGCACAAGAAUUCUGCAGUGUUGGUGACGACUCUUGCCUUAUACUGUGGGAUGCAAGAACUGGCACUAACCCUGUUACGAAGGUUGAAAAAGCGCAUGAUGCUGAUCUUCAUUGUGUCGAUUGGAAUCCUCAUGACGACAAUCUGAUCCUGACAGGGUCAGCAGACAACACUGUCCGGUUGUAUGAUCGUAGGAACCUGACCUCGAAUGGAGUUGGUACGCCAAUUUAUAAAUUUGAGGGCCACAAAGCUGCUGUUCUCUGUGUUCAGUGGUCUCCUGAUAAGUCAUCUGUUUUUGGGAGUUCCGCAGAAGAUGGUCUCUUGAACAUCUGGGAUUACGAAAGGGUGAGUAAGAAGUCUGAUCGUGGAGCUAAAAGCCCCGCUGGGCUCUUCUUCCAGCAUGCUGGUCACAGGGACAAGGUUGUUGAUUUCCACUGGAAUGCGUCGGACCCUUGGACCAUUGUCAGUGUUUCCGAUGACUGUGAGACUACUGGUGGAGGUGGAACAUUGCAGAUAUGGCGGAUGAGUGACUUGAUUUACAGACCGGAAGAGGAAGUCCUGGUUGAAUUGGAGAAGUUCAAGUCGCAUGUUAUGACAUGUGCCUCCAAGCCUUGAGAGCAAAGAAAUAAAAUUACCGUUGUCUACUAUCUCUCUAUCGCCCCUAUGGUAGAAAAAAAACUAAUGCGGAUUAGUUGUCGGUUUAGCGAAGAAUCUUGGUUUUUGAAAGGAUGGUUUGUCUUUUGAGAUAUUCGUAGCUUUUUAGGACCUUUACAUGGUUUGGUUUCUUAUCCUGUUUCCUCUUAGACUCUUAAAAAUGCUAUUUUGUUCAACUCAUAUGUUAACCUACUCAAACCAACUCUUUAUGUGAUUUUGAUUAUAGUUUGCAUUGCAUUGAACAUUGAACA